CAUGAGCUCCAGUUCAGAGAGGAGGUCUUCCUACCGCCGUCAUUUUGACAGCACCUUAACCGACAGCCAAGUUAGUAGGGUGUGCAGCGUGUCUCCCACUCGUCAUCGAUCAGUGAGCCUCACCCGGAGUGGAAGAACCAUGGAGCGGAGGGUCACCUCUGGGAAGUCUCGCCUAACCAGUGCGAGUGUGUGCUAUGGUAUGUCCAUGGGACUUGGACCAAAGCUGGACUUGGAUGCGGCUGCAGCAGAGAACCAGGCUUUCAUGACCACCCGAACCAGCGAGAGGCAAGAGAUGGUGGCUCUGAAUGAUCGCCUGGCGGCCUACAUCGAAAAGGUUCGUACGCUGGAGUCCAAAAACAAAAUGUUAGAGGCUGAGAUUGAGGCCCUGAAGGGCUGCCAGGUCCGCCCAUCCGGCCUCAGGCAGCUGUAUGAAUCCCAACUAAGGGAUCUCAACCGUGUCACCGACCAAACACGAGUCCAGAGGGACUUCUCUGUGGCUGCACGGGAGGCAAUGUUGGGCCAGCUCAACCUGCUGAAGAGCAAGUAUGAAGACGCUGUGGAAGCUCGGAAGAAGACUGAGAGCGAGAUUGACACCCUUCGCCCGGAUGUGGACAAAGCCACAUCAACACGCAUCAUGUUGGAGAAACAGCUGGAGAAUCUGGAGGUGGAGAUGGAUUUCCUGGAGAGGGUUCAAAAAGAGGAAAUCGAGGAGCUGAUGCAGAAGAUCUCCUCAGCCACCUCUAAAAUUGACCUGACCUUUGGUGUUCCGGAUCUGGCCUCCGCUCUAAAGCAGAUCCAGUCUCAGUACGACUGCAUCGCCGCUAAAAACCUCCAGGACAUGGACGCUUGGUACAAAGCAAAGUUUCAGGACCUGAGCAACGCCUCCAGCAAGCACGUCCAAAGUUUUCGCAGUCUGAGGGAGGAGAUGGGCUGUUACAAGAAGGAUAUUCUCAUCAAGGAGCGAGAGCUGGAUGCACUCAAGACAAGGAACGCAUACUUGGAGGCUCUGAUUCGUGACUCUUUGGACAAAUACAAGGAGAAAGAGCAAGAACUGCAGGAGCGCAUCGAAGCGCUCAAGCUGGAGUUGAAGGUGACCAAGGAGAAGAUCGCUUUGCUUCUCCGAGAACAUCAGGAUUUGCUGAACGUCAAGAUGGCUCUGGAGAUUGAGAUUACAACCUACAGGAAACUGAUUGAAGGUGAAGACCACCGUCUGAGCACGAUGGUCUGCAGCCUGUCUCUGAGUCCAGCAUCCACAACACUGGUGGUCUCAGACAGUGACCCCUCCCCACCGGUGGCUGUCGACGCACCCGCGAUGGAGGUGGAGGGAGCUCCGAGUGGCAGUGAAGCUGGCGCGGAGGACGCCACACCGCCAUCCGAAAGAGCCAAUGAGGACAAGGCCACGGAAACGUCUGAAAGGACAGUUAGGACAGACGAGGAAACUAACGAGAGCGACACACAUGAGCGUACCUUCAGCACUUCCGAAACUGCUGCUGCUGCUGCUGACGCAACGGAAGAAUAAAACUACCCAACCUCCCCCCACUUAGCAACCUGAUAUUCUAUCUAACGUGCUUCACUCC